GAAAAAAAAACCUCCGACGAGUUCUGGGCAUAAAAGAGAUCAUGGCAGAAGCUACAGAGAAGAAGAGAAUAGAGGAGACUCCUCCUAGACACAGAGGCUGGAAGGCUAUGCCUUAUAUCAUAGGAAAUGAAACGUUUGAGAAGCUGGGGACUCUCGGCACUUCCUCUAACCUUUUGGUGUACUUAACGAGCGUGUUUCACCUGAAAAGUGCUACAGCUGCGACGUUCCUCAACGUUUUAAAUGGGACCACUAAUAUAGCUCCUCUUGUUGGGGCUUUUCUCUCUGAUUCCUAUUUUGGUCGCUACUUCACGCUUGGCUUCGCUUCAGUUGCUUCUUUCAUGGGCAUGUUCAUCCUACCGCUCUCUAACCUCCACCCAUCACACUGCAGCCAACACUGCCCCGGCCCAACACCCUUACAGCUCUCCGUCCUCCUCUCCGCCUUCUUCCUCCUCGUCAUCGGCGCAGGCGGCAUCCGACCCUGCAACCUCGCGUUCGGCGCCGACCAAUUCGACCCUCACACCGACUCAGGCCGAAAGGGAAUCAGCAGCUUCUUCAACUGGUACUACUUCACCUUCACCUUCGCCAUGAUGAUCUCGGCCACCGUCAUAAUAUACGUGCAGACCGACGUCAGCUGGCCGCUGGGGCUAGCGAUCCCGACGGCGCUCAUGUUUUUUUCUUGUGCAUUUUUCUUCGUCGGGUCGAGGAUUUACGUGAAGGUUCGGCCUGAGGGGAGUCCGUUUACGAGUGUUGUUCGGGUGUUUGUUGCAGCGUUUAAGAAAAGAGGGUUGAAGGUUUACUCGAAGGAGCUUAUGUAUGAUCCUCCGCGUGCUAGUGCUCUUAAUUCCAAGCUUCCUUAUACGGACCAGUUCAAGUUCCUUGACAAGGCUUCAAUCAAACUACCAAACGACACCAAUGAAAACGGUUUAAGCCACAUAAAUCCAUGGACACUAUGCACUCUACAACAAGUGGAGGAGGUAAAAUGUCUACUGAGAAUCAUCCCAAUUUGGUCUGCAGGCCUCAUGUUCAACGUAUCCAUGGUUCAACAAUCAAACUAUGUCGUUUUCCAAGCUCUCCAAUCCAACCGCUCUCUCUUUAAUACCCACUUUGAGAUACCUGCAGGCUCAUUCACGGUCUUCACCAUGCUAGCCCUCACCAUCUGGCUCCCCAUCUACGACCGCGUCAUCAUCCCAAAACUCCGUCGAGGGAUCACACUCCUACAGAGAAUGGGCAUCGGACUCAUCCUCUCCAUCCUCGCCGUGGUCGUGGCAGCCAUCAUCGAAGAUCGAAGAAGAAACAGUGCCCGCAAUGUCAACGGCCACAUUUCGUCAAUGUCGAGCCUCUGGUUCAUCCCACAACUUGUUCUGUUCGGAAUAGGGGAGGCCUUCAAUUCAAUCGGGCAGAUUGAGUUUUAUUACAAGCAGUUUCCAGAGAAUAUGAGGAGCAUUGCAGGGUCUUUGUUCUUCUGUAGCUUGGCUGUUUCUAAUUACUUGAGUGGGUUGAUGGUGAGCGUAGUGAACCGGAGGACGAAUUGGCUAGCUCAAAAUCUUAAUAUGGGGAGGUUGGAUUAUUUUUAUUUUAUGAUUGCGGGAAUGGGAGGUUUGAAUCUGGUGUAUUUUGGUGUUUGUGCUUGGUGGUAUAGGUAUAAGGUAGUUGACGAUGGUGUAGGUGAAGUUGGAUUGGAGAUGGAUGUGGCGAAAAAUGCUUCGGUUUGAACAAAUUGCUGGUUGAUUUAUAUGUGGAUUAAUUUCUUCCAAUUUCAAUAUAGGAAGAAGAUGACGACGAUAACUGUCAAUAUAGGCUGGGGAUUUACCGAAAGCUAGCUUUUCAUUAUCAUUAUUAUUAUUAUCUUGAAUCAUGGAUUGUUAGGUUUAUUGUAACUCUGCAAUGUAAGUGUUAAGUGUACGUAUAUAGUUGUUGUUGCUACUAUUUAACAUAAAAUAUACUUGCAAUAACUCCAUUUUAAUA